GGAAAAACUGAUUCACUGCUGUCAGCCAUGGGGAUGGAUUACUACGCUGUGCUCCAGGUCAAUCGCAACUCAGAGGAUGCCCAGAUCAAGAAGGCGUACCGGAAACUUGCCCUGAAGAACCACCCAUUGAAGUCAAACGAGCCAUCUGCACCAGAGACAUUCAGGCAAAUAGCAGAAGCCUAUGAUGUGCUGAGCGACCCCGUGAAGAGAGGCAUCUAUGACAAGUUUGGCGAGGAAGGCCUGAAGGGUGGGAUUCCUCUGGAGUUUGGAUCUCAGACUCCAUGGACAACAGGCUACGUCUUCCAUGGCAACCCUGAGAAGGUGUUUCACGAGUUUUUUGGAGGAGACAACCCCUUCAGUGAAUUUUUUGAUGCAGAAGGAAAUGAUAUAGAUUUGAAUUUUGGGGGACUUCGCGGCCGGGGAGUCCAGAAACAAGACCCUCCAAUCGAACGAGACCUCUAUUUGUCCCUUGAAGACUUAUUCUUUGGCUGCACCAAAAAGAUUAAGAUCUCCCGAAGGGUGCUAAAUGAAGAUAAAUAUUCCUCCACCAUAAAGGACAAGAUUCUGACAAUCGACGUGAGGCCUGGGUGGAGGCAGGGCACACGCAUCACCUUUGAGAAGGAAGGGGACCAGGGCCCCAACAUUAUCCCAGCUGAUAUUAUCUUCAUCGUAAAGGAGAAACUGCAUCCUCGCUUCCGCAGGGAGCUUGACAACCUCUUCUUUGUGUACCCCAUUCCUUUGGGUAAGGCUCUCACCUGCUGCACCGUGGAGGUGAAGACCCUAGAUGAUCGUCUGCUCAACAUUCCCAUCAAUGACAUCGUCCAUCCCAAGUACUUCAAGAUAGUGCCAGGUGAGGGUAUGCCACUGCCUGAGGAUCCUACCAAGAAGGGGGACCUCUUCAUUUUCUUUGACAUCCAAUUCCCCACCCGCCUCACACCUCAGAAGAAGCAGAUGCUGCGCCAGGCAUUGCUGACCUAAUUCUGGGGCACCUGGACAGGAGCAGGGAUGGAGAGGGCUAGCUGGGCCCUACACACUCCACCCCCACAGUGAAGAUGGGGAAGUGUGAGACCUUAGGCCAAUAUAAUAAAGAUUCCUUUCCUAUCCUCUAUGACCUGAAGUGUGCUGGAGAGAAGCUUCCUGCUUUGCCUUCCUUUGCACCCUGAAAAGACAGGCACCUGGGGUCCCAUUUGGCUUCCUAGGCAUGGACUAUUCCCUGAGGGUUUAGAGCCUCUUGCUUACAUCUUGGUACAUGGGGCAGGGCUAUGUGACUGACCCUGUCAAAGGUUCCUCUGCUCUUGCCAUUUCACAACAUAUAUGUACAAAAGGAACCUUCUAGGGACUGUGCUGCUUUGGGAAACAGGAAACAGGAAACACAGAAAGACGGCACUUGUACCUGUGCUCUGGUGUCUAUGGCUGAGCUGCCACCAGACCUUAGGCCAAUCUGUAUAGACUCACAAGCUUCAGUUAAAGUCACACCCAGAACACAAUGCCAGAAGAGCUCUGUCUGCCUCUGGCUCUGGUUCCGUGUCUAUGAGAUGGGUCUCAGGCUGCCUUUGGGCCAGUGUUCUGGGAGGCAUGGCACUUGGGCUCUGUCCAGGUCUGUCCCUGACUCUUGCAUUCCUUACUAACUUGCUUAGUAGAGCUUACACCCUGCCUACAGGUGUGAGAACUGGGUCUUUGGUGUGAAAACUCUUGGUAGACUCAUGGUGAGAUUAUAGAGAGGGUCACUCCAGGUGGCCUGAAGGAGAUCCUGCUUCCAGGUGCAGCCAGGGCUGUGUGGCCCACACCAGUACCUUCAAAGUUGACAGGACUGUGUUUCUUUUCCAUGCUGGUAUUUGAGUUUAGGCUGUGAUGAGGUCUAGGCAACAAGCAGAUUCAAUGGCUUCCGAGAUGUGAGAAAAAAACAAACAAACAAACAGAUUAUCCAUAUUGCUUAGAAUCCUGCCAUUCAAAGUGCCCUAUUAGCUUAAGGAUUUGUCCUUUUGACUUUUCAAAAAAAAUUUCUUUGUUUUUCGAGAUACGGUUUCUCUGUGUAGCCCUGGCUGUCCUGGAACCCGGUAGCCCUGCCUCUGCCUCCUGAGUAUUAGGAUUAAAAGUAUAAACUACCACACCCAGUUUUUGUCCUUUUAAAUUUUGAGGCAGGGUUUUCAGGUGGCUGAGGCUGGCCUUGAACCCCUGAUCCUCCUGCCUCAGCAUUCCACACACUGGAUUAUAGGCAUGUGCCACCAUGACCAACUGAAAGAUUUUUUUGUUGUUGUUGUUCAUUGUUAAAAGUGGGUGUUCAGCUCUUGGCAAGCAUUUUGUUUUUGAAUAUGUUCAAUCUUGUCCCUGCCGGCCCCAAACCCCUGAGCUUGUUAUCCUACAGCCUGCAGUCACCUCUGAUUCUUUUGUUUUUCAAGACAGGGUUUCUCUGUGUAUCUUUGGGGCCUGUCCUGGAACUCAUUCUGUAGACCAGGCUGGCCUUGAACUCAGAGAUCCACCUGCCUCUGCCUCACCAGUGCUGGGAUUAAAGGUGUGCACCAUCACCACCUGGCUAGAGCCAUCUUUAAAACACAAUGAAGGCAGCGGCAUGGCACUCUGUAGGCCAGACUGGCCAUGAACCCAUAGAGAUCCUCCUGCCUCUGCCUCCCAAAUGCUGGGAUAAAAGGCAUGUGCCACCACCACCAGAUGGUCCUUUUUAAAAAAUAAAGUCUUUUUGUUGUUUGUCUUGAAGUGUUUUUCCUACAUUUGUUGGUGCACCAUAUGCAUGCAAUAUUCUCAGAGGCCAGAAGGGGGCGACAGAUCUCCAUGGAACUGGAGUUACAGAUAUAGGUACUGGGUCUGCAAGAGUAGCUAGUGUUCUUAACUGCUGAGACAUUCCCCUAGUCCUGUGAAUCCUUUUACAAUAUCUCAACCCCUUCAUAAUGACCUUGGAAAGCAGAUGGCAAGUGAAUUGCUGCUCUGUGGAACUGACAACUGAUUGCGACUGCCUGCUGUGAGAGCAAGCCUCGAGCUAUAGGGAGGUUGUGGAAGUAGAACUUCCACUCUUGUUACCCUCCCUCCUGAAGGACUCUGUGGGAAGCCUGGCUUCCACCAGACCUUUAUGAGAUUCCUGUCACCUCAAUAACUGGGCUAUCUAGGGGGCAAAACAGGGUUUAUCAUCACCCACUCAUAUUCCUGUGGCUUCUGCUAUAUUUUUAAAUAAUUGCCUCCCCUUUCUCAGAUCAUCUAAUAUCAUUCUCCAUCAUAAAUCCAGUGGUCCCACAUCUAUACCACAUGUCAGAACACAUGGCUGGCAUAUUGUGUGCCCUCACAUGACCUGUUUGUUAGCUGUUGGUAGACAUGCCUAGGGUAGACAUUCCCUGAAGGACUUAACACAAUGGCCAGACCUCCAUUUGUUGUGUCCUUGUGUGGUGAAGCAAAGAGCCCAGGUUGCACUGCUGACCCACCCUCAUUGUGGCUUGUUAUCAGGCCUGAGACUGUGGCUGGAGUUAUCAGAAGCCGAGGACUGGGCACACUGUUCUCUGGGAGUCAGUCUAACAUCCUGGCCUCUUGUCAAGCACUGGGAAGGUGCAGCCCUCUAGCUCUGAUCCACAUCCUGCUAAGGAGUGGAGGGCCAGAAGGCGGAGCAGCUUUAGGUUGGGAGGACAUCCUGUUGUCCAGGCCUGGCUUCACAGUGGCCAGACUCAAUUCCCCAAGGAGCCACAGUACUGUAUGCCUUGUCCUGGCCCUCAUCCGAAACCUGUGUAAGAUGGGCCUCAGAGACUUGACACAGUCCAGAUCUGGGACCUCACAGUCCCCACUCCUUGAAAAGAAGCAGCCCUGCCUCGCUCUCCUACCUGAAGACAGCUGGAAAGAGGAUGAACUGAACAACCUAAGCCUUGGCUGGUCACCAACCUCGGAGAGGCUAAGACUUCCAAGAGAGGGUCCUUAGAAGUCAGGUGUGGUGCUGUAAUCUCAGCACUUGGGGAGCUGAGGCAGAAUCAUAAUAAGUUUGAGGACAGCCUGGACUACAAAGUGAGUUCCAGGCCAGCCUGGGCUACAGUGUGAAACCCUGUCUCAAACAUCAAAACAAAAUCCCUACAAGCUGAAUGUUCGCCAGGGACCCAAGCCCAGUCCUUCAGUGGGUCAGGCCUGCCCUGUCCUGGUUCAGGGCACGCCUAAGGGUGUGAUUAUAGUCAGGGAGAGCCUAACUUGCCCUCGGGAGUCUAUGACUUGGGGAGGUAGAUUAUGUGUUUUAAAACAAGCCCACCCAAACGGAAGGUUCUGGAGUUUGUCUACAUCUCUCAACAAGUUGAUGUUUGGGGACAGGAGUAUUUUCACUGUGCAGAUGGGCAGGCCUGGCCAGUGGGGGUGGGGAUGGCAGCUCUAGAGUGCCAGGUGCUGAGUGACAGCUUACAGAGCCCCAAGGGAAGGGCAGGUGGGCAAGGGUUCUGCUGUUUCCCUGGGCUGAUCCAUUGUACCCUCAAUGUAGGCUGGGUCUGGAGGAAUGGACUAGAUGACCCCAUGACC